AUGAAGUUCAUGAAACUCGGGACCAGACCGGACACAUUUUACACGGAGGAAGCCACUAGGACAGUUUUAUCGGACGUGCCAAGUGACCUCACUGUACGUGUAAAUAAUAUCACUUUUCUUCUCCACAAGUAUCCACUCCUUCCGAAAUGCGGGCUUUUACGAAGGCUGUACUCCGAGUCUGGUGGCUCGAGCGAUGAUGUCACCUUAAAACUAGAUGACAUCCCGGGAGGACACGUGGCGUUCGAGCAUUGCGCCAAGUUCUGCUACGGUAUCACGAUAAACGUCAGCGCACACAACUAUUUGCCCGUCUUUUGUGCCGCCAAGUACCUCGAAAUGACUGAAGCAGUCGAAAAUGGAAACUUUGUGGCGAAAUUGGAAACUUUUUUCUCGUCGUGCAUUCUUGAAGGCUGGAAGGAUCCUAUUGUGACUCUACACAACACUGGGAAAGCGUAUAAUUGGUCCGGAAGUCUUGCUAUUGUUCGAAGGUGCAUUGAGUCCAUUAUCGACAAGAUAUUAACACCUCCUGCCAAGGUUGCAUGGUCCUACACCUACACCCGAUCGGGCUAUUCGAAGAAGCGCCACCCGAAAGACUGGUGGACAGAGGACGUGUCCCUUCUCGAUAUCGACAUUUUCAGAUGCAUCAUUGCUUCACUAAACUCGACAAAUUCUAUCGAGCAGAAGCUCAUAGGAGAGGCUCUGCACGUCUACACAUGCCGUUGGCUGCCGGACGAUAUCAUAACAGAAAACGAGCUCAAUAAUGAAUGUUCAACCUCAGCUUCAGAAUCUCCAAAUAUGAAAAAGAAAAUACUGGAGACGAUCGUGUGCCUGAUUCCAGUGGAAAAAGGGUCCGUCUCGGUUAAAUUCUUACUCAAACUGUUGAGAUUCGCAAAUUUUCUUGACGUGUCGAGUGCCACAAAAUCCGAGCUCUUGAGGUUAUGCGGUUUGCAGCUCGAGGAGGCUGAUUCUAGUGAUUUGCAGGCUGUCGACAUUGAUUCGGUCAAGAAGGUUUUCGAGAGUUUCGUGAGGCAGUUGAGGAAUGGAGUUGAGGCCUUGAGAUCGAUAACUAAGGUUGGGAAGCUUAUCGAUCAUUAUCUGCAGGUGGUUGCAAAAGAUGCAGAUUUGUCGGUUCAGAAAAUGAUUUCUCUUGCUGAGACUGUACCUGGAGUUGCUCGACCAGCUCACGAUGAUUUGUAUGUGGCAAUCGAUAUUUAUCUUAAGGAACAUCCCAACCUGAGCAAAACGGAUAAGAAACAGCUGUGUCGGGUUUUAGAUAGCCGGAAGCUGACACCGGAAAUGCAGGCCCACGCCGUGAGGAACGAGCAUUUGCCUCUGAGGACAGUGAUCCAACUUCUCUUCUUCGAACAGGGGAAAAGCAACUCGUCAACAGACAAAACGCAAAUGUCUCAACUGAAGAGGUCCCAAACUACCGGAGGUAAGCUGGAAUUAAGGCCGGAGCCGAGCUUCAAAAUAGGAGAAGAUGUGGGGCCCGGAAAGGAGAAAGGAAAGGAAAUCCGGGACGAGGGGGCUUCUGGGAUUCGGUCGAGCUCACGUGAGAAAGCUUUAGUUAGAAGAAAUCAGGAAAAGAGCCAGAGAUAA